UGAGUACCUAUAAAUUUGAUUUUUUUUACCUGGCUCCUGUGUUUUAGAGAACAAUCUUAUACAUGGCGCGCGACGAUGCAAUAAUAUACGAUUUUAUAGCAGCGAUGCGAUUAGACACGGCGGGCCACGGAAAAUUGUGUUUAAUAAACAAGGUGUCGAUGUUGAUAUGGUGAUUUUUUUCUUUGUGUAAAUUUGUAAAUAUGUCUUUCGGUUGUUUUGGCACAUCUACUCCAACAGCUUCGUUGAACUUUACUUUUGCUACGGGUACUACAGCAACAACAACUCCGAUAAAGCCAGCUGGAUUUGGAUCACUCUUUGGCACACCUGCAUCUACAGCCCAAUCUAUGUUUGGCACACCAACUGCUACCACAACUACAACACAAUCAUUAUUUGGUACACCAGCAUCAACUGCUCAACCUAUAUUUGGAACACCUGUUGCUACUACAAAUCAAUCUAUGUUUGGUACCCCAGCUGCUAAAUCAAAUCAAUCAACAUUUGGAACAACAAGAACUCAACAGCAAUUAACAACUUUUGGAGCUAACAAUACUUUUAAUUUAGGUGCAACUGCAUCAACAAGUAUUAUAGGUGGAACUAGCUUUGGUAGUUUUGGUAAAUUUGGUACUGCAGUUACAAUUACCUCAGCUCCAUCAUUAUUUAGUGGAUUUGGAGCUGCUCAUCCGCAGCAACAACAAUCUACAUUUGGAUCAACAUUUAGAGGACUUGGAGCUAAUCUUAGUACUAAUGGAACUUCUACUGGAUUUGGAAGCUUUAGAACUGGUAGUGGAUUUAAUAGUCUUGGUUCACCUUUGUUUGGACAAUCACAGCAACAGCAACAACAGCAACAACAGCAACAGCAAGCCCAAUCAAAUUUAAAUUCUAAUACAUUAUCAGAAGCAUUAUACAAUGCUGUUUUUAAUUGCCAAUUAUUCAAUGAUGAGAGAGACAAUACAAUAGCUAGAUGGAACUUGAUCCAAGCAUUGUGGGGUACAGGAAAAGCUUAUUAUUCAAUGAAUGCUCCACCUUUAGAAUUGAAUCAAGAAAAUCCAUUAUGCAGAUUCAAAGCCAUAGGGUACAGUAGAAUGCCUGAUGCCGAUAAUAAUGACGGAUUAGUUGUAUUCUGUUUUGAUAAGAAAGAACCAGAGUUAAGAAGCGGAAAGCAACACAUAAUAGCAUUGCUAAAUCAGAUUUUAGGGAGCAAACCAAAUCUCACUAUAACUGUUGAUAAUAUCAAGCCUAUUGGGGAGACCAAAGGUCAAGUUACAAUUUUCGUUACGGAGAAAGGAAUCACUGGAUCUGUCAGAAAAAUACCUGCCAAUGAGUUGUAUGCAUAUCUCACUCAAAAUAUGCAAAGACAGCAGCUGAUACAAAUGGGAGUAGAAAACGCAUUUCCACAAGUGAAAUUAGAUCCUGCACAAUUGAGAGAGUAUUUGGACAAUCCACCAUGUUCGAUAGAUCUACGGCUUUGGAAGCAAGCACAACUUGAUAAUCCUAAUUCAGAAUGCUAUAUCCCUGUACCAAUGAUUGGCUUUCAGCAAGUAAAACAUAGACUAAAAUGCCAGGAAGAAGAAACAUCAAGAUACAGAGCUUUCCUUGAUAUGGCUACUGACAGCAUUCAAGACUUGCAGAGGCAACAUGCAACAACACAAGCCAAGCUGAAAGAACAUAGGAGAACUCUAUUAGAACUUCAACACAGAUUACUCCAAGUCUUGGUGAAACAAGAAAUAACCAGAAAAAUUGGAUUUUCACUGCAACCAGAAGAAGAAGCCUUGAGGAAUAAGUUCAAAAUCAUGCAUUCUCAAAUAAGUGCUCCAACACAAUUCAAAGGCAGAAUUAGCGAGAUGUUAUCUCAAUUAAGGAUGAGGAGGCAUAUAGACUCGCAAAACCAUGAAAGAUAUACAAUGGAUCCCAUUGCCCAAGAUGACAUAAAAACUUAUUUAAAUAUGGAACAACAAGGCAUGCAGGAAAUAAUAGCAACAGUCAAUGCAGAUUUACAAAGUUUGAAAAUCAUCAAAGAUGGAAUGUCAGAUCUCAUACCUGGCCCGUCUAUGCUCUCGUGAAUAGGUGUAUUUAUAAGAUUAAGUAUUUACUACGAAACAUUCUAUUGAGUGAAAUCUAUUUUAUGUGAACGCGAUGUAUCAUAAUUUAAUUUUGUUAAACGACAUUGUUAAAGUUCAGAAGUAAGAUAUAAUAAUUUAAUAUUUAUAAAUAAUAGUAUUGUUCUGUAUGAUAAAUUAUGAAAACAUUAAUUGCUACAUUCCUCAGCGUUACUUUUUGCUUUGCAUUGGAAAAUGUGAUUGGCAAUUUCUUAGAACAAGUUUUUUACAUGACAGCCAUUUUGUAAUUAUGGAUAUUUUUUUGUUCUUACUAAAUAGU